AUUCGAUAUCUUACAAAUUCCAAAAUAAUUAUAACGUUAUUCUACAGUCGCCUGAAACUCUUCCAAGCCAAAUUUAUUCGUUUUCAAUAUGGGUCGCACUAAACCACAGUCGAAUAAGAAGUACUCAGAACAGCAACUUUUCUCCGCGAUACAAGCGGUAAAAAAUGGUCUCAGUCAAUUUGCAGCGGCGAAGAAGUUCUCUGUACCGAGAUCAACUUUGUUCAAUAAGAUCACUGGCAAGACGUUGAUAGGAAAAAAACCUGGACCCACCACAGUGUUGCUACCGGAAGAGGAACGAACCAUCGAAAAGUGGGUUUUCGGAUUGGCUGUGCGGGGAUUCCCUGUAACUAAGCGGCAGCUAAAACGAUCCAUUCAGUUGUAUCUCAAUAUCAACAAAAGAAAAACCGUCUUUAAGAAUAACCUACCGGGCCGAAAAUGGUACAACUCGUUCCGUCAACGACAUCCGAAAAUAUCUGAGAAAAUUUCUCAGAACCUUACGUUGCGUCGUGCUGCAGUGAGUGCAGACAAAAUCAGAGAAUGGCAUGCCGAAGUUAUGAAGUACUGCGAAGAACAUGACCUAAUGGACGCUUUGAAUGAUCCGUCGCGUGUGUUCAAUAUGGAUGAGAAGGGGUUUAUUUUGACUCCCGGCAAAGAGGUGGUCCUGGUUCAACGAGGUGACAAAGCAGUAUAUAAUCGAUCCAAAAACGAUGAGAAGGAAUGCGUUACAGCAUUGUUAGGCGGAAGUGCAUCUGGAAAAAUGACACCGCCGAUGAUGGUACAUUCUUAUAAGCGAAUGCCUGCUGCAAUUUUGGCUAGCAAUCCUGCUAAGUGGAGUGUUGGUAUAUCGGAUAAUGGCUGGCAGACUCAGCAAACAUUUCACGACUAUAUGGUCAACAUAUUUUACAAAUGGUUGUUGGAGGAAAGAAUUCAGUUGCCAGUGAUCGUUUUCAUUGAUGGGCACAAGUCGCACGUAUCUUUAACGUUGAGCGAUUUUUGUGCCGAACAUCAGAUCGAGUUAAUUGCAUUGUAUCCGAACUCAACGCACCUGACACAGCCAAUGGACGUGGGGGUUUUCAAGCCGCUCAAUGUUUCAUGGACCAAUCAAGCAAAGGACUGGCGUCUUCAAAAUCAGUACGCAAAGAUCGAAAAAAAAGACGUCGCGCCCAUUCUUGAGAAAGCGAUUAAUGGUAUAAAGUAUGGCGAGCAUUUAAAGAACGCUUUUCGAAAAAGUGGAAUUUACCCAUUCAAUAUCGAGAACAUCGACCUUUCAAGAGUGCUACCGACUCUCACAGAAUCUGCAUCACAACAGGAACAACUGUGGAACCCACAAAACGAACACACCUCGGAGAUCGUAAAUUCAUUGCCGGAUGAGAACGCUGCUGUUGCUUCGUUGCAACAUUUCGAACAAGUCAUGGGCAGCAGCCUUUUAAACUCAUUCCGGUUGUCAGGCGAUGUUUGGACUGGUGCAAAGGAAUAUUCUGUGCUGUUCACAAUUUGGAAGCAGAUGUACGCGGCAGCCGCUAAGUCGAUCUCGUCAGAAAACUCAGGCGCAAUGAUUGUAGAUGUCGUCAAAAUCGAUGAAUCGAUUGUGGAAUUCACUCAAGACAAUGACAUUUGUUUCAUCGUCGACGAUAGUACGUGGUCAACGGAAGAGAUGGAUUCCAUUGUCGAGUUGGAUACAGCUUUGGUACAAAACAAUAUUGUAAACGUCGCCUCGCCGGCAUCAAAAUGUCAAACGAUGAUCCCUGUUACAAUCGAAGACCCCAGUCCUGAAAUUGCUUUGAACGGUGAAGGUUGUCCUGAAAUACAAGAUGGAGAAUCGAGUGUUACUGACGAGACAACGGACUGUAUCCAGAAAAGUUGUGAUGCCGAAGAACCACAUGAGAAUUUCAAUUCGGACGCUUUCAAGGAAGCGUUCUUCUGGCCGGCACAGGUUCCAAAAAAAGCGAAGAAGGAAAGUGGUCCACGAAUUUCAUCUGUUAUGACAAGCGACGACUGGCGUGAACACGAACGGUUUAAAAUGCAAGAGAAGCAGCAACAACAGGCAGCUAAAGAUGCGCGUAAGGUUGCCAGGGAAAAGAAGAAAUUGGAAACAGCGAAAAUGGCCGCCGAAAAAAAUAAAUUAAAAGAGCAAAAGGCUGCUCUAGCGAAGAAGGCGGCUGAGGCUAAAAAACUGACGAAGAUUGCCCGGAGCAAAACACAAAAUCGCGGGCGUAGAGCUAAGAUUGAAAAUUGACUUUCCAGUCGCUCGAAAACUUUUGUGAUAUGUACAAACUGAUAACACGCACGACUUGUCCAACUGGUAAAAAUUAAAUGAACUGAGAAAUAAACGUUGGAAUCAAAACCUGUCUGUGCAUCUCAUGUUAUUGUUCUCUUCUAUGACGACCAAUUAAAAGCUGAAAUGUCCCUGCAGUGUACUUCUGUCUCGCUUG